CUCCGAGGCCGAGUCCGACCUGCGAACCAAAUCGGUAAGCCCGCGUUUUCAUACGACGGCGGAAACUACGCCAUCGACGCGACCCAAUGAUUGAUUUCUACACGGACGCGAACGCCGUGAACGGCACGCCGAGCUCCGCGGACAUCUCCGCGGCGAACGUCUCGUGCGAGCCGUCCGGCGCGUAGCAGACGCCCUUGAAGUCCGGGCGCACGGCCUUGGCCGCCCGCGCCAUGACUUUCGCGAUCGCGCCACAGCCGAUGAAGCCGAUGGUGUUCGAGGAACCGAGGGCGUCGGCGGCGAGGCCGAAGUGCUUGAGCGCGAUGCCGCCCGCGGCACCCGUGCGCAGGUCCGUCAUGAAGCGGUUCUCCUGGAAGAUGCCGCAGGGCUGGCCGGUCACGGCGUUCAUCACGACAAACACGCCGCCGCCCGGCGGGCCGCCGCUCUUGUAGAACGACACCGAGGCGACUUUCACGGUCCACGUCGCGGCACCACUCACGUAGCCGCCCUUGACGUGGCAGUCGCCGGGCCCCGCGGUCGCGGUCUCGUCGAUCGUAAUGUGCAUCGGCAUGGGCACGUCGACCUUAUCCUGGGCCAGCUUGCAAAACGCAUCCUCGACGGUCUCGAUCGCAUUCGCGACGGACAACGACUUGACGAUCGUGUCGUAAUCAAAGAUCUUCACGCCGGCCGCCGCGCCGCCCUCGUCGCUGCCGAGGUCCUCCGCGCAGGCGUGCAUCGCGCGCGCGUGGCCCGGGCGGACGCGCUUGCGCUCGAGCUCGGCCACGGGCGUCGCCGCGAUGGCGCGCGGCGAGUCGUAGCCCUCGGCGCGCAGGAUGGACGCGUAGUCCUUGGCGACCGCGUCCAUGAGGCCGACGUCCUCCGUGAGCCAGGCGUGCAACUCCACGUCCGAGACCUGCUUGCGGCUGAGGUUCGGGCGCGGGCUCGCCUCGAGGCUCUGCACGAGCGCCGCGGCCUCGCGACGCGCGAGGCGGCCCUCGAUCAUCUCGGCGCGCGUCAGGGAGCUCGCCUCGGCCGCGCCCUGCAAAAGGGCCGCGGCCUCGCGUCUCGCGAGGCGGCCCUCGAUCGCGUCCGCGCGCGAGAGCUUGGGCGGCUCCGUCGUGUCCGCGAGCUUGGACGACGCUUCUCUGCGAGCCAGGUUGCCCUCCAGGGCUUGCGUGCGCGAGAACGAGGUCGAGAGCCGGCGCGUGGUGCGGAGCAACAUUGCUAAUGAGAGAUCCUUGCGGUUUUUGCGAGUUAGCGGUGAACGACGCAACGAUGGCGUCGCGUCGAUGGCAAUUUUUGCGCGCGAGACGGUCUUUGGUCGCGUGCAAAAGCGAUGCAAAAAUGGCUUGGCUUUCAGGCUUGUGAGACCGGCGCAAGCGAGCGGCUGGAGCAGGUCUGCAAACGACGCGACGACUGCCUUUGUGACCCCUCAUACUCGCAGGGACCGGUGCGAUCGUGCGGGUUCGCGGAUUUCAGGUGGCGGCUCGAUUCAGCCAGCGACAGCUCUCAUAGGGCCACACUGGUGCAGCCUGUGCUCAGGAGACGUGUGCAAGCGCGAUAUACGAAGUGCUUGCGGCCCGGUACGAAGCGUCGCGCUGAAUAGCCACGAAUCGAAGCCGUACGUGUUCAGCGGCUGCCGACGCCAUUUUGAAUCCGGCGCAGCCAUGGACCUCCAGGACGACCUCACGGUCUUCGGGCUAUCCAUCGCGCUGCUCGCCGUCGCCUACGCUAUUGGGAGGGUCGUCGGUCCGAAAGUCACGAAGUGCGAAACCGAUGAACAAAGAAGGAAGCAGCGGGCCUGGAUCCUGACGCUGAUCUCGAGCGUCGUCUGCAGCGCGCACGGCGUCUUCUUUUUAGGAAGGGUCAUCAAGCACGGGUUUGGGCACGAAUUUUCUAGAGGCGAGACCGUCGCGGAUAGAAGAGUCGCGCUCUUCUUCCUGGCCUAUUGCAUCGCUGAUUUGGCGACGGGCGCGCUCGAUUAUAUUGAUGAAAUAGACUACCAGUCGGGCUGGGCGCACCACUCGUUCUAUGGGAUCGGGUUAUGUGUCUUACUGUAUAGGAAGCACACGCACUUCUUCAUGGCCGGCUUGAUUGAAGAGUUACCGACCGUACUGUUGGCGUGGGCGCGACUCGCCCACGCCAAGGAGCUCCACUGGCCCUUCGCCCUGCUCUAUUUCAUUGUUAGAAUAUUGUAUCACGUGGUGGCGACGUUCGAGGUCCUGGAGCACUCGCUCUUCGCCUUUGGCCUGGGUUUAGUGAUUUUCCGCCAGCAUUUGUGGUGGCUCGGGGCCUGGUGGCGCCGGAGCUCGGCGUCGGCCCACGCGGCCGGCCCGCAAGAAACCCGCUUCAAGAAGACGAACGCCCAGCUCAACCUCCACACGAAACUCCUCAUCUGCGCGGCCAUGGUUAUUACCCAAUCGGCGACCAUGCUCCACGUGACCAUCGAGGGCUACGGUCGGAGGGACUGGGUCCACGAGACGAUGACGGUGGUAGGACUGACGUGCGCGUGGAUCUACUUCUCCUACGAGGCCGUGCUCAUCUUCGCGGACACGUACACGCGCGGUUUUAUUGCGCUGGCCAUCAAGGAGCAAAAAGUCAUCUACAACAUCUCGUGGGAGGAUCCCCGCGUCGAGCGCGAGGAGCUCAAGCUCUCGUCGGACGACGUCGUGCUGACGAUAUCGAGCGCGGGCUGCAACGUGCUCGACUACCUCCUGGAGAAGCCGAAGCACAUCACGGCCGUCGACCUGAACGAGGCGCAGCUGGCCGUUUUGGACCUCAAGCUCGCCUGCGUCGCCGCGAAGAUGCCGCAGCACGACUUCUUCGCGCUCUGGGGCCGCAGCGACCCGUCGGCGACGCGGCGUGGAAACGAACUUGAACUUGACCCGGUCUUCAUGAAGAUCGCCUCGACGCCGUCUUCGUGAUCGCGUGAGAGUCUACGCGAUGGCUUCUUCGGGAGACCACGCCGCCUCGACGGCGUCGACGCGGCCGCAUGAGAGUCUACGCGUCUCGCGAGGGAGCCGCGGCGGUGUCGCGACGGUAUCUGUACAACGCAGGCGCGUCUUCACGGAGCACUACCGGCCGUCGUUACGAGCGAGACUGCGGAGAGACGCGUCGCGGCGCUACUGGGACUCGAAUUUGGAUGAGUUGUUUAGAGAUAAUUGGAUGUUCUGCGGCACUUCUGGGUUGAUGGCCUUUUUAUUUAUGUUGAUCGCACGACCCUUGGGCAUCUCGUCGGCCCUCCAACGAAAUCUGAGGUUUGAGGACCUGAAGAAGGGCUACCUCGCGCGACUGAUCGACUUCGGGGCCUGGGUCGUGGGCCAGCCCUUAGUGUGGACGUACGCCGCGCCGCUCGGCGGCAUCCCGCCCGAGCAGCUCGCGUUGGUGGACCGGCGGCCUCGAGUGUUUUCCGAAAGGAUCCGGGAAAUCCUCGCGACGCGCAUGUGGAGCCGCGACAACUACUUCUACCACGGCUACUGCACGGGCCAGUUCGACGCCUUCCCCAAGUGCCCGCGCUACAUGAGCGCCGAGCACUAUCCUAAGUUGCUGGCCAUGUCCGACGCGGAACUCAAAGAAAGGGUCACGCUCUUCCACGGCUCCUGGGGCGACGCCGAGCCUCCUACUUCGUCUGGAUUCACGUUCGUGUCGUUAUUGGACAGCAUGGACUGGAUGCCCCCGACUCUAUUAGCGACGCUCGUGAAGGACAUGUUAUCAAGAUGUGAUCGCGCCAAAUGCCGCGUCUUCUGGCGGUCGUACGCGCCGGGGCCGAUGCUCCAGCAAAAGGCGACGGAUCUCUUCACGGUGCACUCGCCGGCGCUGGCGCAACUGCCCCAUCGGGAGGUGCAGUCCUACGACCGCGUGGGCUGGUACCUGUCCCAGUGGACGGCGACCAUACCCCAAGACGCGGACCUCGACGCGCUGUGUCCCGCGGGGUCGUCGAAGACGUACGAGAACUCGCUCAUGGACGACGCUCUCGUAUGUUUAGCCAUGGCUAGACAAGCUCUGAGGAAGGACAAGGACGUCGCGGCCUUCUACCGGAACCAGGCGGGCCGCUACGACGGCUUCCGCGAGUCGCUACUACCGGACCGCGACACGUUCCUGAAAUACACGGUGCCCUGGUCGCGCGUGCCCACGUUGCUAAAGAAGCAGCCGACCUACGCCCUGGUCUGCGUCGGCUGCGGCACGGCGCGCGACGUCGAGUUCGUCGCGGACCACCUCAAGUCGCUCCCGCGGAGCGCGCGCGUCGCGCUCUGCGACCUCUCACCCGAGCUCCUCGCGCAAGCGAAGUUGAGGGUGGACAAGCUGGGCCUCGCGGACCGCGUCGACCUCAUUCAGUGCGACAUCACCGCGGGGCCCGCGGCGCUCGCGAAGCUCGGCCUCCGUUCGAAGGACAGCGCCGUCGUGGCGUGCUCCUACUGCCUCACGAUGAUCCCGGCCUGGAAGGCCGCCGUCGACGCCAUGCUCGACCUGCUGGUCGACGACGGCGCGCUCUGCCUCAUCGACUUCACGCAGCGCUUCGACCGCGCGUCGACGCUCGUGGAGCGCGUCUACAAGGCGUGGUUCGGCCUCGACGGCGUCUACUUCAACCGCGACCAGGUCGACUACGUCGCCGCGCGCACGGCGCCGGAGUACUACGCCGAGGCGCGGUCGCGCGUGCCCUACACGCCGUGGUACCCGACGCGCUACCUGUUCGCCGGCCGCAAGGAGGCCUGAUGAGGUGGGUUCUCGUCCGUUAACUCUCGGUUUUCGCUA